ACAGUACAGGUGUGGCGACGUCGUCAAACCCGGAAGUGUUUGGUCAGUGAGCGCAGAGGAGCCUCUGCAGUUAAAUGUCCACAUUCAGACGCGAUGGCUGACGAGAGCGAAACCACCAGACACUGUCGACGGUUCUCCUACACGCUCAUCAAAUUCCUCCUGUUCUUCUACUCCUGCAUCUUCUGGUUAAUAGGUGGUUUUGUCCUGGCUAUCGGCAUCUAUGCAGAGGUGGAGAGACAGCGCUACAAGACCCUGGAAGGAAAGUUCCUGGCUCCGGCUAUAAUCCUGAUCCUGCUGGGAAUUGUCAUGUUUAUCGUCUCGCUUGUUGGAGUCUUGGGUGCACUGAGAGAUAAUCUUGCCCUGCUGAAUGCGUUCAUGUAUACUUUGACAGUUUGUCUGAUUCUGGAGCUGCUGGGAGGAGUCCUAGCUCUGGCGUUUCGUAACCAGACGGUGGAUUUUCUGAACAAAACCAUCAGGAAGGGCAUAGUGAACUACUAUGAUGACCUGGACUUAAAAAACAUCAUGGACUAUGUUCAGAGGAAGUUUAAGUGCUGUGGAGCAAAUGGUUAUGAAGACUGGAAAGUCAACAUGUACCACAACUGUUCUGCGCCUGGUCCACUGGCCUGUGCAGUCCCGUAUACCUGCUGCGUGACCACCAAGCCUAAUGAAGUGGCCAACACACUGUGUGGAUACAAGAUGCUGGACGAAUCUAAAUCCGAUUGGAACCUCAUCUAUGUGGGAGGAUGCACAGAUGCUUUCUUCAACUGGGUGAUGGAUAAUUAUUUGAAGAUGGCCAUACUGUUCUUGGUUAUCUUCCUGCCUCAGUUCUUUGGCGUGAUCAUCAGCUGGCUCUACAUUGGUCGAGUUAAAGAGUUCGAUGAUGAGCGCACCGCCACGCUGCUGAAUCAGAAGUAUGCUGCAAAGCAACGGGGCCGUAUUUCCCAAUGGUAUAUGCCGGGGAGGCAGCAAGUAUAAACACUAACAGCAGCCAAGCAUGUGUGUUUCCUUUGGUUACCAGGCUAUUUGUUCAGGAAUCAUUUUUACUGUGUUUUUGCUAAGAGCUGUUGUGUUUUAAAUUCUAAAAUCUCUGCUUUAAUCUGCCUUGUUUCUCAGUCUCAGGGAUUAUCCAGAUUACUUUAAUAAAAACCAAAUCUUUGGAUUGGAUUUGCUGGAGGACGAGCCCUUUAGAUUAAAUUUAUAUUCUCCAGUUAAACACAUUUUAUGUUGGAAGAAUGCUAAUUUGGUGGUUUUGACAAUUUAAGAGUUACUGUUUUUAUGUUGGACUCAAAUGGAGAAAAUAUCUAUUAAAGUAACUGAAUCGGCUAUUUUUGCA